UUUGGCUUGAUAAAUGGAUUAUAACAAAGUUUUGUGGCUCUGUAGAAUUGUAUAGCCCAUUGCAGUGCAGCAAAGUUUGUUCCAACUUUCGUUUUUAACUUGUGUGGCGUUCUGUUUUAUUUUUCUCGGACCAAAAGAGACAUUGGGGGAGAUCCGAAUGUAAUGGUGACAGUUUUCAAGGGAAAGGGAAAACAAGCGGAUUUUAUGCUAAAGUAAAGCUGAAAACUCUCCAGGAGAAAUGAGAGUGUAAUUUUGACCUGUGUGUAUGUUGAGUAAUACUUUAAGGCAUUUGUUAAACUCUUAAGCGUUAAACAUAAGGUUAAGAAAAACAUUGGAAAUUGUACUGGAUUUGUAAAGAGUCAUAGUUUCUGAACAUUCACCAAAAACUUUGAAAAACAUUAUGGCGAAAAAGUACGACUUCCUUUUCAAAUUAUUACUCAUCGGAGAUAGUGGAGUUGGCAAAACAUGUCUGAUUAUUCGAUUUGCUGAGGACAACUUCAACUCAACCUACAUAUCAACUAUCGGUAUGUAGCCUAGCUCUACGAUACCCCAUUUAAUCGGUUAUAGCCUACUUUUUAAUCGGCACAAAAAUAUUCAGGAACCCUUUAAAUUCGUCAUUGCUGACAUAGGUACCAUUCUUUCAGCUACCAUGUAAUGCCAAGUUCAUAUCACGUUCACCCCGCAGUUUUCUCACGUUUCCAGUUCUGCUGUGUUCAUGUGUCUACACGUCUCUAUCAACCUAUAUCUCAAUCUGAUAUCCAUAUUGUAGUUCAUCUACAUUGUUGCUGUGCUGCUCUUGUUUCUAUUCCUUCUCCAUAUCCCCCUCUCCCCUCCCUCACUUUACCCAGAGGGUCCACCCACCCCCAUUCCUCCUCUCUCUCCUAUCUCUUUUCAGUCUCUCAUUUUCAGAAGAAUGGUGGUCGUCCCUUGGCAUUCACAGCUUAAGACGCCCCUCUUCUCUGCCCUCUCUGUGUCUCUCUCUGCCCUCUCUCCCGCUUCCCUCUCUCUGCCCUCUCUAUUUCUCUCUCUGCCCUCUCUCUCUCUCUCUGACUGUCCCUGUCCUGCAGGAAACCCAGACAAUAACAAACCCAGAGACACAGUGUGUGUGUGUGUGUAUGUAUGUGUGUGCUUGUGUGUGGUACAACACAGCAGAAUGGGGCAGAGAUAGACAGACUUUACUAUCCCAGUGAAAGUUUGAUGAAUUGAGAAUGCCUGUCUCCCCCUCCAUGCAUGGCAAAAGGGUUUAAUUGGCAUGACCUAUAUUUGCUGCUAUGCCAGUGGUGUGUGAGUGUGUGUGUGUGAGGGAAUUUAACUCAUUGUCUUCCCUCCCUUCCUGUCGACCUCCUCCCUCCCUCCCCCUCUGUGUCAUCCUCCCAUCCUUUCUUCAGGCAUCGACUUUAAAGUAAAGACGAUAGACGUGGAGGGAAAGAAAGUCAAACUGCAAGUCUGGUAAGAGAAGAGGAUCCUGGCAAAGAAUGAAUGAAAUGUCCAUUUAGGCCUACUGUUCGCUGCUCUCAAAAGUGAUGAUAGUUAUGGGACCAACACACAGUUUUUAUUCAACUCCUGUGUGUUUUGGACGUGUGUCUACUUCUCUUUCUCAGAGGAAAGAGGAACCUCCCUUUUUACCAAAACAACCAAGCGUUUAUGACAGGGUUUACUGUCCAAAUGUCACUCAAAGGGCCACCACACACUGAUUGAGGUACCUUAGGAAUGCAAUAUUUCUAUGUUGCAUUCAAGGCUCUGUGCAGGCCAGUCAAGUUCUUCCACACCAAUCUCGACAAACCAUUUCUGUAUGGACCUCGCUUUGUACACAGGGGAAUUGUCAUGCUGAAACAGGAAAGGGCCUUCCCCAAACUGUUGCUACAAAGUUGGAAGCACAGAAUUGUCUAGAAUGUCAUUGUAUGCUGUAGCGUUAAAGAUUUCGCUACACUGGAACUAAGAGGCCUGAACCAUGAAAAACAGCCCCAGACCAUUAUUCCUCCUCCACCAAACUGUACAGUUGGCACUAUGCAUUGGGGCAGGUAGCGUUCUCCUGGCAGCCACCAAACCCAGAUUGGUCGGACUGCCAGAUGGUGAAGCGUGAUUCAUCACUCCAGAGAACACGUUUCCACUGCUCCAGAGCCCAAUGGCGGCGAGCUUUACACCACUCCAGCCGACGCUUGGCACUGCGCAUGGUGAUCUUAGGCUUGUGUGAGGCUGUUCGGGCAUGGAAACCCAUUUCAUUAAGCUCCCAAUGAACAGUUCUUGUGCAGACAUUGCUUCCAGAGACAGUUUGGAACUUGGUAGUGAGCUUGUGUGGCCUACCACUUUGCAGCUGAGCCGUUGUUGCUCCUAGACGUUUCCACUUCACAAUAACAGCACUUACAGUUGACCGGGGUAGCUCUAGCAGGGCAGAAAUUUGAUGAACUGACUUGUCGGAAAGGUGGCAUCCUAUGACGGUGCCACGUUGAAAGUCACUGAGCUCUUCAGUAAGGCCAUUCUACUGCCAAUGUUUGUCUGUAGAGAUUGCAUGGCUGUGUGUUCGAUUUUAUACACCUGUCAGCAACGGUUGUAUCUGAAAUAGCCGAAUCCACUAAUUUGAAGGGGUGUCCACAUACUUUUUUUUUUAUAUAUAUAGUGCAUAUCUGGAAUAUGUCACUGAGUACACUGAGAUAUUGACUGUCCCGGCAGGACCUUUGGUUUAGGCUAUGACUUCACCUAUGUUUUAUCUGUCAGUGAGUGCCAGUGAGUUAUCAUAAAGCCAGACAUGAAGUCUGUAGCAGCCAUAAAGACUUUAUUGAACUGGCAUAAAACAUAUGCAUGUCUCAUAUCUCUGUGGAUUUCACACCCCUGGUAGAUGUUGUCCUUUGACACAGAUCUAGGAUCAGGUUAACCUCCCCAAAUCCUGACCUGAGCCAUUAGGGGGGGAAAUGCCAUACUGACCAUCACAGGAGGCUGCUGAGGCUGGAACGGCGCAAAUGGAAUGGCAUCAAACACCUGGAAACUAUGUGUUUGAUGUAUUUGUUACCAUUCCACCAAUUCCGUUCCAGUCAUUAGAACGAGCCCGUUCUCCCCAAUUAAGGUGCCACCAACCUCCUGUGCUGACCAUAGCUCAGUGUGUAGGUGGGGAACUUCAACGUUCUGUGCUAUGAGAACAUUAGUGUGACCAUAGCUUAAUGUUUUCGUAGUAGCGUGGAUAAAUGAUGUGCUGGAACACUCACAUGUGUAAAGGCUGUAUCUCUCCAGAUAAGUAUGUAUAGACAGUGUACUCUAUGAAUUGGGUGCUGCAUUAGAAAAACAGGUACUUUGUAGAGAAAGAACAGCCACCAACUGCCAACACAGACAAAUCAGCAGUAGGUUCAGUGCUUACUACAGAUGUAGGAUCUUAAUUUGAUCACUCUUUUGUUGCUGAGAAUUUUCCUGCAAAGCAUGAAAUGAAAACAUGUAGUGUAUUUCAGUUUUAAAAAGGGUUCUAAAAUGUGUAAUUUCUGACUUGAUUUGCCCUUAUGGAAAAUGUAUCAACCCCUACAAAAAUGUACAUAAUCCACAUAAUAAUUUAUGCAGGAUUAUUUUCCUGCUGUAGCAAACUGGCUCAAAUUAAGAUCCUACAUCUGUACUCCAGGGUGUUCAAUUAGCUACUUUUGGAAGGAGGUGAAACAUUUUCCCUAAUGUAUUGUGUUUCCAGGGACACAGCAGGGCAGGAGAGGUUUAAGACCAUCACUACAGCCUACUACAGAGGAGCUAUGGUGAGUGUCUCGCUCUCGCUCUCAAUCACAAUCAGAUCACAAGUAAUUUAAUCAUCUACACCUGUCUAAAACUGUGGGCACAAUCAGAAUGUGGACAAGAUCAGGACAAAGGCUGCAUCUUAGCACCAGGCAUAAACGGGGCUUCUCUCUCACUUCACAUUUGUAGAUAUGAGAGAACAUGAUGUGUGUAAGAUUAUGGCUGAAACUAUUAGUAUCAUUUUGCUUACAUCCAUCAGGUUGAUUUGGAAUUGCACAAUGUUUUUUUUUUGUCUGACUCAUGUUUCCCGUGAUCUCUCAGGGCAUCAUCCUGGUGUAUGACAUCACAGACGAGAAGUCCUACGAGAACAUUCAGAACUGGAUGAAGAGCAUCAAGGAGGUGAGAGGCAAAACAAAAUGCAGACUGAGUGUUGUGAAAGAGGGAAGGGACAAGACAUGACGCAGGCCAGAAGGAAUCUGAGAGGGCAGCAUUUUCUCAGGCCCCUAGGAAGGAUUUGAAACAAUAAAAUACCUGAGACAUGAGCAACACUUCCAGAGGGUCUCAUACCACUGUUUCCUUAUUCUGUGGUCAGUGAUGGAUGACUUUUAGAAAAGCAUGAGGUGCAGACAUGAUGUAGCUGCCUCUCCACUGACAUUGGAGGCACAGUCCUAGUCCUGAAGAAGAGCUUUGAACCAAAACGAUCUCAUUAUAGAAACAUGUUAACAUUCUUUAGAUGAAUCAGCCAUUAUGCACAGUGACAUCAUACAACCCCUAGACAGACAGUAUUAUGGAAUGACUGCACAGGAAAUUAUUCUAAUUGACCAGACUUCUUAUUGCCAUCUAUAAACCACAAUAACAAGGGUUACAUUGAGACUAGAUGUUAGUCUGUUGUCUUAGGGGGUGCCUUUAGUGAAUAAUGGGGCAUACAACUGCACUCCCAAAAACAUGUUUAAAUUUGUUUCAUUUUGUUUGCAUAGUGAACAAAAAUAAUAGUUCAAAGUUAACAUUUUGAAAUGUUAAUGAUUUCACAUCUGAACCAAGAGUUAGACUUGGCUCCAAUUUAGAGCUGAAUUAAAGACUAUCCAAGAGAGUACUUGUCGAGGCAGAACUAAGGGCAGAAGAUGAGAGGGAUACAUCAUUGAAAUAUAAAAUGGAUGCAAUGGAUGCCAACUCCCUGUCUUUUAUCCCCCAGAAUGCAUCAGCGGGGGUCAGCCGGAUGUUGCUAGCUAACAAGUGUGACAUUGAGGCCAAGAGGAAGGUAUCCAAGGAAACGGGGGAAAAGGUGAGCCUCUACAAUUUUUAUGAUCAUUGUUUGGAUUAUGAAGUGUAUGCUUUCAAUGAUAUUGACACUGAUGUGCAGAUGUCGGAGUGAUGGAUGAAUGGAUGUAUGGAUCAUUGAGGGAUGUAUGGAUCAUUGAGGGAUGGAUGGAUGGUCAAAGAUUGUCCUGAUGAAGGGAGGGAGAAGAGCAGAGGAAGCCACCUUAGACUAUUGAGAUUCACCCAGAGUGUUGCUGUUUCCCAUGCCGGGUUCAAAACAACUGUGAGCUCGGAACUCGGAAAUCUCAGACUUCCGACUUCAAUGCGUUCAAAACAACUGGGAACUCAGAAAAAAAACGAGCUCCGACUGGGAAAAAUCUAUUUGAACAGUCAUCCAACUCGGAAUUCCAAUUCGGGAACUCUCCGACUUUUCGACCUGAAGAUCACUGACGUCAUGAUUUGACCUCGUAUUUUUCUGAGUUCCCAGUUGUUUUGAACGCGGCAUAAACUCUGCUGAUUAGGAGGGGGAGUGACAUAUCCUGCUGUAAUUACGCUUGUGUUUUGUUGUUAACAGCUGGCAAAGGAUCAUGGGAUCAGAUUCUUUGAGACCAGCGCAAAGGCCAGCAUCAAUGUUGAUGAGGUGAGAGAAAUAUAUGUUAUUUUAGAUAUUAUAUUUAUGUAAUUUAUUCAAUCACAGAGUCUGUCUUUAUCUGGUCCUUUAUGAUGCAUUUCACAUGGGGAAUAUGGGCGAUAUGUUGUCCUUUUCAUACAGGUUACAUGUGCCACAUACCCUAAUAAUCCCCAUACCCCCACUCUCCUACUGUUACCCUUUCUCUGCCUCUCCCUCCCUCCACCUCUUCCUGCCUCUCUGUAGUCUUUUAUGGCUUUGGCUCGAGAUAUUCUACUGAAGUCCAGCAAGAAGCCAGGCCCCACAGGUCGCGAGGUCAAAAUCACCAACGCUGAGAAGAAAUCCUCCAAAUGUCUCCUACUGUAGAGGCAGAGCUGGCCUGUCCUGGCUGACUCUUCGUUACCUGAGGGAACUAUCACAUAUAGGAACAAUAUUAUUGCAAAGGAAAAGGUUUUAAAGGUGCAAUCCACAAGUUCUCUGUCCCCUGUGGCAACAAGAUCGAUUUCAAAAACAACAUUGACUUGAGAAAAAAUAAAAAUGUAUUAAUUUACUACCCCCUCCCCUUUAAAAAGUGCUGACUACACUUUUUUAAACCAGAAACCGAACUUAUGGAUUGCACUUUUACUGACCUGUAACUAUGUUGAGGUGGUCCAAGGGCAUUUUACAGAGGAAUAUUCAAUGGUUUGUUUAAAGAAUAGGAUGAACACCACCUUGAUUUCAUCCAAAACAUGUUUUGUAUCAACUGCCUUCAAAUCUCCUGCAAUGGCUUUGUUGUCAUGGUGACUGACUGAUUGACAGCCAUGGUAUGUUUACACUCCACCAGAGCCAUACAGAGUUCAGCAAAAUAUCUUCCAUGUUGGCUCCACAUGUUCCAUGAGACAGCAUUCCAAUAUGAAUUCCUUCUAAAAUGCACUGUUGAAUUUGAUUUUUUGGAACCAACAUGGUGCACGCUCAAAUUCUAAAUCCCAAACCGAGUUUGCUGAACUCUGUAAUCCCAUGGCUCUGGACUUCACUCUAUAGAGUAGUGGUGCACAUCUCCAGUCCUUAAUGGAACAAGUCUGCUGUGUUUCAUUUUAUCUCUCUAUUUCAGAGGGAUUAUUUUUCCUUGAUUAACCAGGAACAUUAACAUGUGACCUUUCAGUGAAACUGCCAAACAUAUUGCUGCUUCUUGAUUGAACAGUUGAUUGGUAACUACUACUAUAAUGGCGGCCCUAGAGGACCUGAGUUGUGCACCGCUGCCAUAGAAUCACUUUUCAAUGUCAUAGCCAAAGAAUUAGAAUUAUGACAACACGCAGACAUUCCUUUCCAUUCGUUUUAUUUCUAUGGUCAUAGCAGCUCAUAGCUGUUUAGGCGUAGUACAGGGGGCAUUCUAGAGAGUGACAGGAAUUUAGAUCUACAUGCUGUAACUAUGGUGACGGUACAUUAUGCUCUUAAAGGGAUAGUUCACCCUGAAUUCUAAUUUUGUUUGAUUUUUUCACACUACGUAAAGAUGAGUGAUCUGGGUUGUGCCUGUUGUAAACUAUUCUUCUACUACAUAAAGUGUUGUACAUGGAUGGACUGAGGAUGUGGAAGAGAGAGACAGAGAAGUGCAAUAUGAGAGGAUGUGAGGAGUGGAGUGAUGAGAGAAUGAUGGAUGGAUGAAGCAAGGGAAUAAAAAGAUGAGUAAAGCAAGUGUCAUAGAGACAGGGAUGGAAUGAUGCUGAUGAGAGUUAGAAAUAGAGGGAUGAGAUGUUCUCUUUUUUUACUGAUAAACAUACUGACCUUUUCUGAUCUGAUAGACAAACAUACCUUUUAUCUGAUGCACCUGUUCAACAGCUUUGGCAAAAACGAAACACCCUUCCUUCCACUUUCAGACACAGACCAGGGCCCUGAUCCAAUGCACUCCUGGAGGUAAUCACUGAUGUACUACUGGAUAUAUUUGCAAAUAUAUCUCUCCCUAUAUCAUAAACUGUACUGUGAUUGGACAAGACUUCCACCUCGAUGCUCUCACCAAUCCAAACGUGUCAGAUCAGUAAUUACUCUGAAGGAAUGAUGUCACUGCCCAUGCCAGACACUACAUAAUCACUACUGUGCCAGUAAGCUUAUCUGUCUAUGGGUUCAUUUCAAUUCUCUAAAGUGUCUUCCUCUGGGAAGAAGCCACUCCAGACUAUUGAGAUGAUGCACCCUGUGUGUUUUUUACUCUGAUAUCUCAUUGUUCCCUCCCUCACCUUUCCUCUUUUCCUUCACACACAUUUUCACCCUAUCAAACAUUCCUUGUCUGAUCAAUUAUCUUAUGACCAAUGUAUAUCAUUUAACAUACGUGCUGCUUAGCCUAUUCAAUAAAAGACUGUCAAAAUAUAA